GCGACGCCUUACGUCUUAUGUACGCGCCUGGCGACGGAAGGGCGUCAUUUGCCGUUGCCAUGGGAUACCGGCAGAUUUGACAGCAGGCUUGGAGACGGGCAGAGGAGGAGUAGACUGAAGCCAGCAAGCAUAAGACGUAUCAUAAAUUUACCAUUACCUUCAAGAUGGCCAAGGACAAGAUCAAUUGCAGCCUGCAAUUGCUAGAUCUGCCCUGGGAAGAUGUGCUUGUUCCUCAUAUUCUGUCCUAUUUACCCUUGAGGCACAUCAUCAGUCUGCAGAGGGUCAGUAAAGCGUUCCAGUCCUUAGUCCAGCUCUAUCUAGCCAACUGUCGCAGCUUUGACUCCACCCAGCUCGGCUCACAGUUACCCAAAAGUGCUUUUUCCAACAUGCUCAGACACAAUUCAGUAUUACAGAGACUUGACCUACGAAGUUGUUCUGACUGGUUAACGGAUAAGGAGCUACUUCCAGUCAUUGGGCAGAACCACCAUCUCCUUCAUAUCAAUCUGAACAGCUGUGUCCAGUUGAGCCGUCAGUCCUUGGUGGCCAUCUCGCUCAGCUGUCCCCACUUACGGAACAUCUGCCUAGGUCAUUGUGAAUGGGUGGACUGUCUUUCCCUCCGCAGCCUGGCAGAUCACUGUAAACACUUGGAGGCUGUUGAGCUGACUGCCUGUCGCCAGCUAAAGGAUGACGCAAUAUGUUACUUGGUGCAGAAAAGCAAGCAAAUGAAAUCUCUCUCGCUGGCAGUUAAUGCAAACAUUAGUGAUGUUGCUGUGGAAGAGACUGCUAAAAACUGCCGUGACUUAGAGGACCUUGACUUGACAGGAUGUCUGCGUGUCAAGAAUGAAUCCAUUAGGACUCUUGCUGAGUACUGUGCCAAGCUGAAAUCCCUCAAAGUAAAGCACUGCCAUAACGUGACAGAAUCUAGCCUAGGAAUCCUGAGGAAGAGGGACGUUACCUUGGACGUGGAACCUCCCUUACAAAGAGCAUUGGUUCUCUUGCAGGAUGUUGUUGGAUUUGCACCAUUUAUUAAUCUUCAAAUUUAGGAAUAUUUUCAGAGCAAGGCCACUCAUCUCAUUACCACCACUGCCAAAACCCCGAAACCCAGCAGACAUGACCCAUAACACUACCACCCCGACACACAGUCUGCAGCCAGACUUUACAGCAGCAGUAAACAUUUUAAAAGGUGCAAUGAGGUCGGAGAACAUUACUUUGUGGCUGGAGGCAAGUGAGAUUUACUCCCAUAACUCAACAGGAGGUUGAUGGUGAUUAUUAGCACAUCAAGAUCUUUGAUUUGUU